AUGGCAAGGACCGGAGACAUUAUCCAUCUAAACGUUGGAGGAAAAAGGUGAGGACUGGGAUUACUAUGAAUAGCUAGCUACCGGCAGCUAGCUAUUGUUGGUGGGUGGAUGCUAACUAACUAUCUAACAGUUGUUGGCUGGCUAACUAGAUAGCCAGAUAUUUUGAGUAAGAAAAUACCGUUAGUAACAUUGUCCUAAGUUAGCAAACUAACUACUGAUAGUUAGAUAUUUUUCCAGCUAAACUAUCUUUCUCUGACAGUAACGUUAGCUACUGACGUUACAGUGUAGCUGGAACGUGCAAAGCUAGCUAGCUAAGGUAAUAUUAGCUUGCUAGCUUCUUAAUGGUUUUGAACUUGAUCAAACUUGAGGCAAUGUGUAUGCUCAUUUGAGUGAUCAUGUUGUUUCAGGUUCAGCACCUCCAGACAGACAUUGACAUGGGUCCCAGACUCCUUUUUCUCAAGGUAGGUAGCUAUCUAUUUAUUUUGAGACAUAGGCCAAUGCCUUUAUUAAAGUCACAAGUGUCUUCAUAAUGACUCACUCCAACUCAUUCAUUAACCCGGCCAUAGUGAUGGCAUAUGGUAAUUAGCUGUAUCAUCACUCAGUAAGGUCUAACUAGUGAGUUGUGUUGUCUCUGCCAGUCUUCUAAGUGGGAGGAUCUCAACCUUGAAGGAUGAAACUGGAGCGGUAAGUUGCCUGAAAUCGAUGGAAAAACCUAGGCUAUGUGUAUAUAAACCUAUUUGAUAUUGGCAUCCACUUAGGCCUAAUUAUAACACAUUUGUAAUGUGCUGCUGAUCUUGUUCUCCCACAGAUCUUCAUAGAUCGGGACCCAUCUCUCUUUACUCCUAUACUGAACUUCCUGCGUACCAAAGAGUUGUUUCCCAGGUGCUAAUUCCUUUCUUUACAUUUGUUUACAUUUAAUAAGUAAUAUAUAUAUAUAUAUAUAUUCAGCCUUGAUGGCAAGUUGUCUUCCAAAUUUGAUUUCUUAACCUUUCUUUUUAGGUCCAUAAAUGUCCACCUGCUCAUGCAUGAAGCUGAGUUCUAUGGAAUCACUCCGUUGGGUAAGAAAGUAGCCAGUAGCUAGUCAAAUACAGCAGAGAAUGAGAGGCUGUCUUUCUUUGUAUGUAUUAGUGUCUGCACCUUGGUUACUUUUUUAUCUUCCUCAGUGCGUAAGCUGCAGCUUUGUGAUGAGCUGGACCGAUCCUCCUGUGGAAACGUGCUCUUCAAUGGUUAUCUCCCACCUCCAGGUAGGCUGAUCUAUUCUAGAUUUGAAUUCACUUCAAGGACAGGCAAGGUGUGUGUUAAGUUUGAUGUCCUGAUCGUCUCCUCCUGUUGACCAGUGUACCCAGCGAAGCGGAGGAACCGUCAUAGUGUGGCGGGGCCUCAGUAUAUGGGUAGCCGUGCCUUGCCCAUGGAGAGAGCUCCAGUGAGACGCAGCAACACCAUGCCACCCAACCUGGGCAACGCGGGCAUACUGGGUAAAGCAAUGAUGGAGGAGAGGAUAAGUGGUGGUAAGGCCUCGGAAUCACAUACACAUUUAACAUACACAUACACAUUUUACAUACACAUACACAUUUUACAAGCGUUUCGCUACACCUGCAAUAACAUCUGCUAAAUAUGUGUAUGUGACUAAUACAAUUUCAUUGAAAAGAUGCAACAAAAUGCUAAUGCUGUAGUUCCCUCAACAGUGCAGUACAAUCAUUAUCAAUAAUAACAAUAAAAAGUCAAGUAAAAAAUAACAAGUAAUAGUAGAGGUAGUAUGCAUGUGACAAAUGGGAAAUAUCGCUUAAUGUUUAAACUGCAAUUUGUUUGAUUGUUUUUUCGGUUAAAAUAAAAAAUUAAUAAAAUUCCACGUCAAUUUACAAUGCAGAAUAAUGGUCCUAUUACGAAUGUAUGACCGCAAGGGCUGGGCAAUGAAGUUAUAUCUACCGUAGUCAUAUACCCUUGAAAGAGCCUCGGCUACGGCAUGUUUGUUUGUCUGGGUACACUACGGCUUUUUAAAUGCCGACACGAAACCUUCUCUGGAGACAGUUUUGAAGCGCCGCUGAACGGGCAUUUUACUUGUCUGUAAAGGAAUGCCGCAUCUGAAGCCGGACUAACGUCCAUCACUCGGCGACCAGAACUGUCAAUCAAAUAAUCUCGAGCUGUUUGCUCCCAGCCUUGCUGCCUGCGCACACCACUCUCUCUUAAAAAAUUACUUUAAAGUUUGUUAAAUACCGUGACUUACCAAACCAUUUAGUAGAAAGAAAACACAUCUUCCUCUAGGAAUCUACUCCUAAAAUUCAGUAUUUUUGGAACGGAGGAGCCUAAUUAUUAGGCUACAUUAAUUCAGGCUAUUGUUCAUUUAGACCAUAUGCAGGCCAUAUAAGUUUAAACCUGUGCGGCUGUUAAAAGUUUGAGGAGCCAAUAGCCUACUGAAUGAAUACAGGCUAUUGCAGCCUAUAGCCUAUUAGAUUCUGGGAAUUGUUUAUUUAAGUUUAAUUAAACUAUUUGGUUAUGUAAACAAUAUUAAAUGUAACUGUAUUUUGUUAUGUCUGCUAUAGGCUUUCAUUAGGUAAUUAGAAGGCUGUUUUUCAUAGCAAUUUGAGUUGUCAGUGUUGCUUUGUGAAAAUAAGAAGAGAGGCCUAUCGUUCUUAAUUCAUGGCAUGGUUUCCUUUUAUCUAAAAUGGUGAAUAUAGAUGCAGACAAAUUCAUUCCUGCAGGGAAGGGGAAUGGCCUAACAGCCGAUUGUGGCUCCAAAAAACUGACCCGUGCAGGUGUGUGUGUGUAAGUUUAUGUGUAAGGGGUUGGAUGUGUGGGGAGUCAGUGCAAACAGUCCCUUAGGUGCAGAUAUUCUCAAGGUGCAAAUAGUCUCAAAGUGCAGGUCUGUGCAGGGAGACAGCUAGGGUUAGAGUGAACCGUCCGUGGCUUGGGUGACUCGAGUCCUUGACGAUCUUUCGGGUCAGUGUUUUUACAUUGUAUUUAGCUUCAUUAUUCCUAUGAAUAUGUCUUGUCUGGUUGCACUGUAUUGAAAGUAAAAGCUCUAACCUGGACCCAUUCUUUGUUAAGGGAAUAUUAUCAACAGGAUUGUUCACUUUCACUAACACCUGUUCCUCUUUCCCUUCCUACACAGCUCAGGUUGCAGACCCAGGCAUGGUCCGCAUCAUCUGUGGCCACCACAACUGGAUCGCUGUGGCUUAUGCCCAAUUUGUUGUUUGCUACAGGUAAGGGCACAGGACUUCCAUGCAUGGUGUCACAGUGCCAUAUGAAUCAGUCAUUUGGUGUGUUAUCAAGGACCAUAGAGGGUAUUAACUGUGCUGUCCUCUUCCAUCAGAGUGAAGGAGUCUACGGGCUGGCAGCAGGUGUUCACCAGUCCCCGUCUGGACUGGGUGAUUGACAGGGUGGCGCUCAACGCCAAGGUGAUGGGCGGCUCCCUGGGAGACAACGACAAGAUGGUGGCCGUGGCGUCGGGCACAGAGAUCAUCCUCUGGACUAUCUGUCCCGACGGCAACGGCAACGAGAUAGGUCAGUUUGCAAACGGAAUGAACGCACAACUCUAAAAGGAAAGCAUGAUAUAGUUUUUAUCACUCAAAAUGUUUGUUGACUUGUCAUUAGUAUUUUAAGAGACCACUUUAUAGAUAGUUCUGGGUGCUUAUGUAAGGGCCGUGCUAAUAGGUCUCCAUUGUACAUGCUUCCCUCCAGGGGUGUUCAGUCUGAAUGUCCCUGUGGAGGCUCUCUUCUUUGUGGGGAACCAGCUUAUUGCCACCAGCCACACAGGGAAAGUGGGAGUAUGGAAUGCAGUGACCAAACAUUGGCAGGUAAAGUUGUGUCCGUACAUUCUAUAAGAAUGUCAUGUCAAUAGAACAUAUAAUCAUAUUAUGUGUAGUAAUAAUAUAUGUGGUCCUGUAUGGCCAGGAUUGUGGGUUCGAUUCCCGGGGCCACCCAUAUGUAAAAUGUAUGCACACGUGACUGUAAGUCAUUAUAUGUGUAUUGUACAUCAGUUUUUCAUGUUUUCCAUUUCUCUUUCUCUUCUCAGAAUCAAGAUGUGGUUCCCAUUAAUAGCUAUGAUACUGCUGGUUCUUUCCUCAUUCUAGGCUGUAACAAUGGGUCCAUAUAUUAUAUAGGUAAGGGAAGUCAUAUUUUCUAACUAUGAUGCAGUAAAGGAAAACUAUUAAAAUGAGUUUUUCUGUAUAGAAAAAUGCAGUCACAACGUGUUUUUGUAAUACAUCAUUCAGUAUAAGUAUAUGAAUACACUUGCAAAAUAUAGACCUCUCACUGACGUGAUCUUGUCAACAGAUGUUCAGAAGUUUCCAUUGAGGAUGAAGGACAAUGACCUCCUAGUGACAGAGUUGUACCGCGACCCUACAGAGGACGCCAUCACUGCUCUCAGUGUCUACCUCACGCCCAAAACAAGUAUGUCUGCCUGUUUCGAAUUUGACCUUCACUGAAAUUAAUAGCUUUUUCUGCAUGUUUUUAAGGAUUAGCAAGUAUCAAUUAGUCAAUCAUGGUUAUUCGAAAUACAAUCUUAAUAGAUGCAUGGUGCAAAACAAUCAUUUUCUGAAAAACAUUUAUGGUCAACAAUAGUAAUUUUAUAGGCAGUAUAAUUUUAUAGGUAGCUGGCAGAUUUUGAAUGGUUCCUGGUGGCGUUUCGCUAACUCUUGACCUUUACCCUAACCUCACUCCCCUAACAUGAACACUAACUUAAACCAAUUUCGAUCCUAAUGCCUCACCUUAACCUUUGGGUCUGCCGGCUGACUAUCCACUUCCGUUUCUUGAUAUGCACGGUACAUAACACAGCAUGCAUUGAGGCUAAAAUGGUGUAUGGGAUAAAAGUCCCCAAUGUGUCGUCAGGCGACAGCGGCAACUGGAUCGAGAUCGCCUACGGGACCAGCUCGGGCACGGUGCGGGUCAUAGUGCAGCACCCGGAGACAGUGGGCUCUGGGCCCCAGCUCUUCCAGACCUUCUCAGUCCACCGCAGCCCCGUCACCAAGAUCAUGCUCUCUGAGAAACACCUCAUAUCAGGUGAGAAUGGUUGGCCAGGAGCCUCCAUGUUCUAGGGUUGAUCGUACAUUUGCUGUGUAUUCUACUGUCUCUGCUUGCAAGCUGUUGGAUAUUAUGCAUAUUAUUAGCUACAUUUCUCAUUAGGAUUGAUUGUUUUGUCUUUUCCGCUGUUAGCUGACAUAGCAUUACGUUAAACAUCGAUGUUGCUGACAAAGCAGCAAACAUUGGUCGUCCAAGUUCAGUGCAGAAGAUGGGCCCGUCAUGCAGAUGUUUUUGGGCUAACCCUGUUUGUGUCGUCAGUGUGUGCAGACAACAACCACGUGCGGACCUGGACGGUGACUCGCUUCAGGGGCAUGAUCUCCACCCAGCCAGGCUCCACCCCCCUCACCUCCUUCAAGAUCCUCUCUCUGGAGGACAUCGACGGCCACGGGGGCUGUGCUGCCGGCAUUGAGAUAGGUGAGCAGAAAGAGGUCAGGGGUCAAAAGUGGACACUGGUUUAAAUGUUCAAUUGAAGUUAACAUUUAGAGGUGCAAUGAGAAAGGACUGUAAUGGUACGUACUGAGUGUUGUUCCUCUCUAAUAGGUCCGUAUGGAGAGAGAGACGACCAGCAGGUAUUUAUCCAGAGGGUCGUCCCUGACACAGACAAACUCUACGUGCGCCUCUCGUCCAAUGGAAAGAGGGUGUGUGAGGUGCGCUCUGUGGACGGCACCUCCAUCACCUCCUUCAUGGUCCACGAGUGUGAGGGGUCCAGCCGCAUCGGCUCACGCCCCCGCCGCUACCUCUUCAGUGGCCACGCCAACGGUAGCAUCCAGAUGUGGGACCUGACCACCGCCAUGGAGAUCGCAGGGAAAGUGGACAUCAGGGGUAAGACAACCCACACUCUAAACACAUGGCUUUUUGUGUUGACUGGUUUUAUUAAGUGAUGUGUCAUAGACAUUGUGCUGUGUCUCUGACUGUCUCUGUCUGGUUGUCCCUCAGCGCUGGGCGGCCCUACAGAAGAGGAGCUCCUGGAGCUGUUAGACCAGUGUGACCUGGCUCUAACCCGUACCCCUGACAUGAGUCCUGCUGCCUCCUUCACCCACUCCUCCACCCCCCGAGCCUCCACCUGCAGGUACACCACACACCAUUGCCAACUGCCCAUGCAAUCAGGCACGUUACAUGUCCCAAACAGCUGCAUUUGUUAACCCACUGAUGCUAUCCUUUUUUGCAAGAUUACAUCAUAUUCAGGGCAUAAAAUUAACACCCGCCACCCACCAAAUGCGGGUAGAUUUAGGUAUUGGAGGAUAAGAAUGUCUACUUCACCGGGGGGUGUUCAAUUGGCAGGGCUCUACAGUGUGAGCAUUACAUUCACAUUUGUGAAUACAAAUAGUCAAAAGUAAAGUAUGAGCAAAUGUGCGAGUUGCGAUUUCUAGCAGAAAAAGUAGCUGUUUUCAAAGUACAGUAUUUCUGCUGUUUUGUUUGUAUUUGUAUUUAUUAUGGAUCCAUAUUAGUUCCUGCCAAGGCAGCAGCUACUCUUCCUGGGGUCCAGCAAAAUUAAGGCAUUUAUACAUUUUUUUAAACAUUACAAAACAUUCAUAACAGAUUUCACAACAUAUUAAGUGUUUGCCCUCAGGCCUCUACUCUACUACCACAUAUCUAAAACACAAAAUCCAUGUGUACAUGUGCGUAUGUUAUCGUGGGUUUGUAUGCAUAUGUCUAUGUUUGUGCUGCUUCACAGUCCCUGCUGUUCCAUAAGGUGUAUUUUUAUCUGUUUUUUAAAUCUAAUUUUACUGCUGGCAUGAGUUACUUGAUGUGGAAUAGAGUUCCAUGUUGUCAUGGCUCUAUGUAGUACUGUGCGCCACCCAUAGUCUGUUCUUGACUUGGGGACUGUGAAGAGACCUCUGGUGGCAUGUCUUGUGGGGUAAGGAUGGGUGUCCGAGCUGUGUGCCAGUAGUUCAAACAGACAGCUCGGUAUAUUCAACAUGUCAAUACCUCUCACAAAUACAAGUAGUGAUGAAGUCAAUUUCUCCUUCACUUUGAGCCAGGAGAGAUUAACGUGCAUAUUAUUAAUGUCCAAGGGCCAGCCGUGCUGCCCUGUUCUGAGCCAAUUGCAAUUUUCCUAAGUCCCUCUUUGUGGCACCUGACCACACGACUGAACAGUAGUCCAGGUGAGACAAAACUAGGGCCUGUAGGACCUGCCUUGUUGAUAGUGCUGUAAAGAAUGCAGAGCAGCGCUUUAUUAUAGACAGACUUCUCCUCAUCCUAGCUACUGUUGUAUCAAUAUGUUUUGACCAUGACAGUUUACAAUCCAGGGUUACUCCAAGCAAUUUAGUCUCCUCAACUUGUUAAAUUUCCACAUUAUUCAUUACAAGAUUUAGUUGAGGUUUAGUGAAUGAUUUGUCCCAAAUACAAUGCUUUUAGUUUUUGAAAUAUUUAGGACUAACUUAUUCCUUGCCACACAUUCUGAAACUAACUGCAGCUCUAUAAGUGUUGCUGUAAUUUCAGUCGCUGUGGUAGCUGACGUGUAUAGUGUUGAGUCAUCCGCAUACAUAGACACACUGGCUUUACUCAAAGCCAGUGGCAUGUCGUUAGUAAAGAUUGACAAAAGUAAGGGGCCUAUACAGCUGCCCUGGGGAAUUCCUGAUUCUACCUGGAGUUUGUUCGAGAGGCUUCCAUUAAAGAAGAUCCUCUGUGUUCUGUUAGACAGGUAACUCUUUAUCCACAAUAUAGCAAAGGGUGUAAAGCAAUAACACAUACGUUUUUCCAGCAACAGACUAUGAUCGAUAAUGUCAAAAGCCGCACUGAUGUAGCUCAGUUGGUAGAGCAUGGCGUUUGCAAUGCCAGGGUUGUGGGUUCGUUUCCCACGGGGGGCCAGUAUGAAAAAAUAAAUAAUAAUAACAAUAAUAAUGUAUGCACUCACUAACUGUAAGUCGCUCUGGAUAAGAGCGUCUGCUAAAUUACUAAAAUGUAAAUGUAAAAUGUAAAACAGCCCCCACAAUCUUUUUAUCAUCAAUUUCUCUCAGCCAAUCAUCAGUCAUUUGUGUAAGUGCUGUGCUUUUUGAAUGCCCUUCCCUAUAAGUGUGCUGAAAGUCUGUCAAUUUGUUUACUGUAAAAUAGCAUUUUAUCUGGUCAAUCACAAUUUUUUCCAAAAGUUUACUCGGGGUUGGUAACCGGCUGAUUGGUCAGCUAUUUGAACCAGUUAAGGGGGCUUUACUAUUCUUAGGUAGGGGAAUAACUUUUGCUUCCCUCCAGGCCUGAGGGCACACACUUUCUAGUAGGCUUAAAUUGGAAGAUAUGGCAAAUAGGAGUGGCAAUAUCGUCCGCUAUUAUCCUCAGUCAUUUUCCAUCCAAGUUGUCAGACCCCGGUGGCUUGUCAUUGUUGGUCGACCAUAAUACUUUUUUCACCUCUUCCACACUUACUUUACGGAAUUCAAAAUUACAAUGCUUGUCUUUCAUAAUUUGGGCAGAUACAGUGAGGGGAAAAAAGUAUUUGAUCCCCUGCUGAUUUUGUACGUUUGCCCACUGACAAAGACAUGAUCAGUCUAUAAUUUUAAUGGUAGGUUUAUUUGAACAGUGAGAGACAGAAUAACGAAACAAAAAUCCAGAAAGACACAUGUCAAAAAUGUUAUAAAUUGAUUUGCAUUUUAAUGAGGGAAACAUGCAUUUUUCUGGAUUUUUUAGUUGUUAUUCUGUCUCUCACUGUUCAAAUAAACCUACGAUUAAAAUUAUAGACUGAUCAUUUCUUUGAAAGUGGGCAAACGUACAAAAUCAGCAGGGGAUCAAAUACUUUUUUCCCUCACUGUAUACUUGGACAUGUAGUGUCAGCAUUUGUUGCUGGCAUGUCAUGCCUAAGUUUGGUAAUCUUGCCAAUGAAAAAAUUAUUAAAGUAGUUUGCAAUAUCAGUGGGUUUUGUGAUGAAUGAGCCAUCUGAUUCAAUGAAUGAUGGAGAGGAGUUGGCCUUUUUGCCCAAAAGUUCAUUUAAGGUGCUCCAAAGCUUUUUACUAUCAUUCUUAAUGUAAUUUAUCUUUGUUCCAUAGUGUAGUUUCGUCUUCUUUUUAUUCAGUUUAGUCACAUGAUUUCUCAAUUUGCAGUACGUUUGCCAAUCGGUUGUGCAGCCAGACCUAUUUUCCAUCUCUUUUGCCUCAUCCCUCUCAACCAUACAAUUGUUCAAUUCCUCAUCAAUCCAUGGGGAUUUAACCGUUUUUACAGUCAUUUCUUAAUGGAUGCAUGCUUAUUAGUAACUGGGAUAAGCAAUUUCAUAAAUGUGUCAAGUGCAGCGUCUGGUUGCUCGUCAUUACACACCACAGACCAACAAAUAUUCUUCACAUCAACAACAUAGGAAUCACAACAAAACUUCUUGACCUCUUAUACACAAUAUUAGGCCCAGCCUUUAGAACUUUGGAUACUGCUUUCUGCAGCAUUAGUAAAUAUAUGAUCAAUACAUGUUGAUGAUUUCAUUCCUGUACUGUUUGUAACUACCCUGGUAGUUUGAUUGAUAACCUGAACCAGGUUGCAGGCACUAGUUACAGUUUGAAGCUUUCUCUUGAGUGGGCAGCCUGAUGAAAGCCAGUCAAUAUUUAAAUCACCCAGAAAGUAUACCUCUCUAUUGAUAUCACAUACAGUGGGGAGAACAAGUAUUUGAUACACUGCCGAUUUUGCAGGUUUGCCUACUUACAAAGCAUGUAUAGGUACACUUCAACUGUGAGAGACGGAAUCUAAAACAAAAAUCCAGAAAAUCACAUUGUAUGAUUUGUAAGUAAUUAAUUUGCAUUUUAUUGCAUGACAUAAGUAUUUGAUCACCUACCAACCAGUAAGAAUUCCGGCUCUCACAGACCUGUUAGUUUUUCUUUGAGAAGCCCUCCUGUUCUCCACUCAUUACCUGUAUUAACUGCACCUGUUUGAACUCGUUACCUGUAUAAAAGACACCUGUCCACACACUCAAUCAAACAGACUCCAACCUCUCCAAAAUUGCCAAGACCAGAGAGCUGUGUAAGGACAUCAGGGAUAGAAUUGUAGACCUGCACAAGGCUGGGAUGGGCUACAGGACAAUAGGCAAGCAGCUUGGUGAGAAGGCAACAACUGUUGGCGCAAUUAUUAGAAAAUGGAAGAAGUUCAAGAUGACGGUCAAUCAACCUCGGUCUGGGGCUCCAUGCAAGAUCUCACCUCGUGGGGCAUCAAUGAUCAUGAGGAAGGUGAGGGAUCAGCCCAGAACUACACGGCAGGACCUGGUCAAUGACCUGAAGAGAGCUGGGACCACAGUCUCAAAGAAAACCAUUAGUAACACACUACGCCGUCAUGGAUUAAAAUCCUGCAGCGCACGCAAGGUCCCCCUGCUCAAGCCAGUGCAUGUCCAGGCCCGUCUGAAGUUUGCCAAUGACCAUCUGGAUGAUCCAGAGGAGGAAUGGGAGAAGGUCAUGUGGUCUGAUGAGACAAAAAUAGAGCUUUUUGGUCUAAACUCCACUCGCUGUGUUUGGAGGAAGAAGAAGGAUGAGUACAAUCCCAAGAACACCAUCCCAACCGUGAAGCAUGGAGGUGGAAACACCAUUCUUUGGGGAUGCUUUUCUGCAAAGGGGACAGGAUGACUGCACCUUAUUGAGGGGAGGAUGGAUGGGGCCAUGUAUCGCGAGAUCUUGGCCAACAACCUCCUUCCCUCAGUAAGAGCAUUGAAGAUGGGUUGUGGCUGGGUCUUCCAGCAUGACAACGACCCGAAACACACAGCCAGAGCAACUAAGGAGUGGCUCCGUAAGAAGCAUCUCAAGGUCCUGGAGUGGCCUAGCCAGUCUCCAGACCUGAACCCAAUAGAAAAUCUUUGGAGGGAGCUGAAAGUCUGUAUUGCCCAGUGACAGCCCCGAAACCUGAAGGAUCUGGAGAAGGUCUGUAUGGAGGAGUGGGCCAAAAUCCCUGCUGCAGUGUGUGCAAACCUGGUCAAGACCUACAGGAAACGUAUGAUCUCUGUAAUUGCAAACAAAGUUUCUGUACCAAAUAUUAAGUUCUGCUUUUCUGAUGUAUCAAAUACUUAUGUCAUGCAAUAAAAUGCAAAUUAAUUACUUAAAAAUCAUACAAUGUGAUUUUCUGGAUUUUUUUUUUUUUUUUUUUACAGACCUCUACAUGCUUUGUAAGUAGGAAAACCUGCAAAAUCGCCAAUGUAUCAAAUACUUGUUCUCCCCACUGUAUAUUAUCAAGCAUUUCACACGUUAUCCAGAUACUGACUGUUAGCACUUGGUGGUCUAUAGCAGCUUCCCACCAGAAUGGGCUUUAGGUGAGGCAGGUGAACCUGUAGUCAUAUUACUUCAACAGUAUCUAACAUGAGAUCCUCUCUAAGCUUUUACAGGAAUGUGGUUCUGAAUAUAGACUGCAACACCGCCUCCGUUGGCAUUUCUGUAUUUUCUGUAAAUGUUAUAACUUUGUAUUGCUACCACUGUAUCAUCAAAGGUAUUAUCUAAGUGAGUUUCAGAGAUUGUCAGAAUAUGAAUGUAAUGUGUUACUAGCACAUUAUUGAUUUCAUGAACCUUGUUUCUUAAGCUACAUAUGUUAACGUGGGCUAUUUUUAACACUUUUCUGGGAUGCUUCAUUAUUUUUCUUGCUUUACUGGGAAGCUUAGCAGAGGUAGACAUACUCGGUUUAUUUUUAUUAGUGCAGGGUGAGCUGCACACUGUGGACUUCCUACUAUGGCACACCACCUCAGUGCUAACAGUAUUACUCUGGUUCAUAGGCAUGUGAUUACUGCAUACAGUCGUGGUCAAAAGUUUUGAGAAUGACACAAGUAUUGGUCUUCACAAAGUUUGCUGCUUCAGUGUUUUUAGAUAUUUUUGUCAGAUGUUACUAUGGUAUACUGAAGUAUAAUUACAAGCAUUCCAUAAGUGUCAAAGGCUUUUAUUGACCAUUACAUUAAGUUUAUGCAAAGAGUCAAUAUUUGCAGUGUUGACCAUUCUUUUUGAAGACCUCUGCAAUCCGGCCCUGGCAUGCUGUCAAUUAACUUCUGGGCCACAUCCUGACUGAUGGCAGCCCAUUCUUGCAUAAUCAAUGCUUGGAGUUUGUCAGAAUUUGUGGGUUUUUGUUUGUCCACCCGCCUCUUGAGGAUCGACCACAAGUUCUCAAUGGGAUUAAGGUCUGGGGAGUUUCCUGGCCAUGGACCCAAAAUGUAGAUGUUUUGUUCCCCGAGCCACUUAAUUAUCACUUUUGCAUUAUGGCAAGGUGCUCCAUCAUGCUGGAAAAGGCAUUGUUCGUCACCAAACUGUUCUUGGAUGGUUGGGAGAAGUUGCUCUCGGAGGAUGUGUUGGUACCAUUCUUUAUUCAUGGCUGUGUUCUUAGGCAAAAUUGUGAGUGAGCCCACUCCCUUGGCUGAGAAGCAAUCCCACACAUGAAUGGUCUCAGGAUGCUAUACUGUUGGCAUGACACAGGACUGAUGGUGGUGCUCACCUUGUCUUCUCCGGACAAGCUUUUUUCCGGAUGCCCCAAACAAUCGGAAAGGGAAUUCAUCAGAGAAAAUGACUACCCCAGUCCUCAGCAGUCCAAUCCCUGUACCUUUUGCAGAAUAUCAGUCUGUCCCUGAUGUUUUUCCUGAAGAGAAGUGGCUUCCUUGCUGCCCUUCUUGACACCAGGUCAUCCUCCAAAAGUAUUCGCCUCACUGUGCGUGCAGAUGCACUCACACCUGCCUGCUGCCAUUCCUGAGCAAGCUCUGCACUGGUGGUGCCCCGAUCCCGCAGCUGAAUAAACUUUAGGAGACGGUCCUGGCGCUUGCUGGACUUUCUUGGGCGCCCUAAGCCUUCUGCACAACAAUUGAACCUCUCUCCUUGAAGUUCUUGAUGAUCCGAUAAAUGGUUGAUUUAGGUGCAAUCUUACUAGCAGCAAUAUCCAUGCCUGUGAAGCCCUUUUUGUGCAAAGCAAUGAUGACGGCACGUGUUUCCUUGCAGGUAACCAUGGUUAACAGAGGAAGAACAAUGAUUUCAAGCACCACCCUCCUUUUAAAGCUUCCAGUCUGUUAUUCUAACUCAAUCAGCAUAACAGAGUGAUCUCCAGCCUUGUCCCCGUCAACACUCUCACCUGUGUUAACGAGAGAAUCACUGACAUAAUGUCAGCUGGUCCUUUUGUGGCAGGGCUGAAAUGCAGUGGAAAUGUUUUUGGGGGAUUAAGUUCAUUUUCAUGGCAAAGAGGGACUUUGCAAUUCAUCUGAUCACUCUUCAUAACAUUCUGGAGUAUAUGCAAAUUGCCAUCAUAAAAAAUGAGGCAGCAGACUUUGUGAAAAUUAAUUCACAAAACAUUUGACCACGACUGUACAAUAGCUGUAGGAUCAGCAGAGGCAUUCCGGGCAGUAAGAGGGACAUAAAUUAGGUUAUUUACAUUGUGUCUUCCAACGCCCCUAGGAUAAUGUACAUUUGCUGAAUCAAUAUGACGACUCAGCAACACAAUGGUAGGGAUUAAAUGAGCUGGACUUGGGUCAUUGAUAAGUCAUUGUCUCAACGCAGCCUUAUAAUGCUGUGAAAGGAUCCAAUAACCCAAAUGAUUUGGGAGGAUCCCAUCCUCUUUAUAAUCCGAGCUUUGUUUCCAGAAGGUAUCAAAAUUGUCAAUAAAUAUUACACCCACAGAGCUGCAAUAGUCGCGUAGCCAGUUAUGGAGGGCUAAACGUCUGCUGAACCGUUCAAUGCCACGAAUUAGGGAGGGCAGAGGGCCAGAUAUUAUGGGGCGUUUGUUGGUGUCAAGUAGAGACCAAUCAGUAAUUUAAAAUCCAUCUUCAUCUGUUCUGAGCUGCCCUUUCAUCGCUGCUAAUCGCACAAAGAAAUAAGAAUCCUACAUCCCACCUCGCGCAACAACAGCUUCGCGCACUGUAUGUGAAGCGCUGAUAGAUUCAUUUUUUUGUAUGUGAAGCGCUGAUAGAUUCAUUUUUGGAGGCGCUGGCAUAAAACUUGGUCUAAUUUACUCAAAGUGAGACGUUGUCCUCGUGUUUCUUGGCUAUUUACAUUGUUUUGUUCACAAGCUUGGUUGUUUUUCAAUGUUAGUUUGAAUCUGCUGCUUCAACUGAUAGAGAAGCGACGUUGUCUACUAACAUCCCAAAUUUUACACACUCAGGACAUGACUCGAUUAGCCCCGUUACCACGGUAACCUUCCGCCCUUAAAGGGGCAGCUGAACAUUUUGUCUCAUCUGAUAUUUUGGUUAAAAGAAAAAUGAAAUGAAAUUGAGCAAUAUACCACAUUACUUCUUACUAAUACAUUUCUUGUUUUAAAACAUUACAAAGCAUGAUCAUCUGUUUUUAAAUGUAAUUAUGGAGAAAAAUUAUUUUGGCUGGUAAACAAUCUAAGUGGCUGGUUGAUUUUUUUCAUCUACCUGCCACAGUGGCUGGUGGAACCAAAAGUACAUUUUAGGCCCUGAUCAUAUUCUCUCUGUUUAUCUUGUCUCUGCAGUUUGCAGUCCCAGCUGAGUGAGAGCUCCAGGGAGCGUGGGGCCAGAGGAGGUGUGAGCAGCUCGUGUCCCUUCUCUGGUAGCCUGCCCCGCCAGGCCCCUCCGGUGCCCCUCACCAAGCCCCGGGACAUGGCUCUCUCCAUGGCGGGGUUGGGCCUCCAGCCCCACCACCUAGGUCUGAGCCAGGCCUCCCUCAGCAGCAGUGGCAGCCCCCGGCCCGGCCGCACCGUCCUCCAGGACAAAGACCGGGAUGGUGGCAUGGGGUCUCUGCGAAGGGGCAGCUUCGUGGAGCGUUGUCAGGAGCUUGCCAAGGUCUCGGACUCUGCAGGAGGGGCUGAGGGGGGCACGCGGCGCAGCCUGGCCGUAUGCUCAGAGUUGGAGGCUAGACUGGGCCUACGGACCCCCGCCUCUUUCUCCAGCCCCCCUACAGCCUCUCACGCCUCAUCUUCAUCACUGCGCCGGCCACAGCCCACCUCACCCAGCCCUGCCCCUGCUACAAUCGUAAGUCCAACCCGCUCCCAGACCCCUGUGUCGCCUCGUCGAGCUGGCACCUCCCCUACUACAGAAGCCCCGCCCCCGGAGGCUGCAGCAGCCACUCCAGAGAGCUCCUUCCCUGUGCCCCCCACCAGUCCUAAACCCCCCAUGAAUGAGACCAGCUUCUGA